UAGGAUAGUCGGUCUUUCCGGUUUUUUUUUUGGUUUUGUUUUGUGUGUGUACGCGGUUUUUUUUCCUUUCAUUCUGCUUCCGGUGGAAGCUGGUAGGGUAAGGGAGCUCAGUGAGUCACUUCUGGGCGACUGUUGUUUUAUUUCCGGUCUAUGGGACCCGGCUGCGAUUUGCUGCUGCGGGCAGCAGCUACCAUCUCUCCUACCGCCAUCAUGUCAGACACGGAUAGCGACGAAGAUUCCGCUGGAGGCGGCCCAUUUUCUUUAGCCGGUUUCCUUUUCGGCAACAUCAAUGGAGCCGGGCAGCUGGAGGGGGAAAGCGUUUUGGAUGAUGAGUGUAAGAAGCACUUGGCAGGCUUGGGGGCUUUGGGGCUGGGGAGCCUGAUCACUGAACUCACGGCAAGUGAAGAAUUGGCCGGGACUGACGGUGCCUUGGUAAAUGAUGAAGGGUGGAUUAGGAGUACAGAAGAUGCUGUGGACUAUUCGGACAUUAAUGAGGUGGCAGAAGAUGAGAGUCGAAGAUACCAGCAGACGAUGGGGAGCUUGCAGCCCCUUUGCCACUCAGAUUAUGAUGAAGAUGACUAUGAUGCUGAUUGUGAAGACAUUGAUUGCAAGUUGAUGCCUCCUCCACCUCCACCCCUGGGACCAAUGAAGAAGGAUAAGGACCAGGAUGCUAUUACUGGUGUGUCUGAAAAUGGAGAAGGCAUCAUCUUGCCCUCCAUCAUUGCCCCUUCCUCUUUGGCCUCAGAGAAAGUGGACUUCAGUAGUUCCUCUGACUCAGAAUCUGAGAUGGGACCUCAGGAAGCAACACAGGCAGAAUCUGAGGAUGGAAAGCUGACCCUUCCUUUGGCUGGGAUUAUGCAGCACGAUGCCACCAAGUUGUUGCCAAGUGUCACAGAACUUUUUCCAGAAUUUCGACCUGGAAAGGUAUUACGCUUCCUACGUCUUUUUGGACCAGGGAAGAAUGUCCCAUCUGUUUGGCGGAGUGCUCGGAGAAAGAGGAAAAAGAAGCACCGAGAGCUGAUACAGGAAGAACAGAUCCAGGAGGUGGAAUGCUCAGUAGAAUCAGAAGUCAGCCAGAAGUCUUUGUGGAACUAUGACUAUGCUCCACCACCGCCUCCAGAGCAGUGUCUCUCUGACGAUGAAAUCACGAUGAUGGCUCCUGUGGAGUCUAAAUUUUCCCAAUCAACUGGGGAUAUAGAUAAAGUGACAGAUACUAAACCAAGAGUGGCUGAGUGGCGUUAUGGGCCUGCCCGACUGUGGUAUGAUAUGCUGGGUGUCCCUGAAGAUGGCAGUGGGUUUGACUAUGGCUUCAAACUGAAAAAGACAGAACAUGAACCUGUGAUAAAAUCUAGAAUGGUAGAGGAAUUUAGGAAACUUGAGGAAAGCAAUGGCACUGAUCUUCUGGCUGAUGAAAAUUUCCUGAUGGUGACACAGCUGCAUUGGGAGGAUGAUAUUAUCUGGGAUGGGGAGGAUGUCAAGCACAAAGGGACAAAACCUCAGCGUGCAAGCCUGGCAGGCUGGCUUCCUUCUAGCAUGACUAGGAAUGCUAUGGCUUACAAUGUUCAGCAAGGUUUUGCAGCCACUCUGGAUGAUGACAAACCUUGGUACUCCAUUUUUCCCAUUGACAAUGAGGAUCUGGUAUAUGGACGCUGGGAAGACAAUAUCAUUUGGGAUGCUCAGGCCAUGCCCCGGCUGUUGGAACCUCCUGUUUUGACACUUGAUCCCAAUGAUGAGAACCUCAUUUUGGAAAUUCCUGAUGAGAAGGAAGAGGCCACCUCUAACUCCCCCUCCAAGGAGAGUAAGAAGGAGUCAUCUCUGAAGAAGAGUCGAAUUCUCUUAGGGAAAACAGGAGUCAUCAAGGAGGAACCACAGCAGAACAUGUCUCAGCCAGAAGUGAAAGAUCCGUGGAAUCUCUCCAAUGAUGAGUAUUAUUACCCCAAGCAACAGGGUCUUCGAGGCACCUUUGGAGGGAAUAUUAUCCAGCACUCAAUUCCUGCUGUGGAAUUACGGCAGCCCUUCUUUCCCACACACAUGGGGCCCAUCAAACUCCGGCAGUUCCAUCGCCCACCUCUGAAAAAGUACUCAUUUGGGGCACUGUCUCAGCCAGGUCCCCACUCAGUCCAACCUUUGCUAAAGCACAUCAAAAAAAAGGCCAAGAUGAGAGAACAAGAGAGGCAAGCUUCAGGUGGUGGAGAGAUGUUUUUUAUGCGCACACCUCAGGACCUCACAGGCAAAGAUGGAGAUCUUAUUCUUGCAGAAUAUAGUGAGGAAAAUGGACCCUUAAUGAUGCAGGUUGGCAUGGCAACCAAGAUAAAGAAUUAUUAUAAACGGAAACCUGGAAAAGAUCCUGGAGCACCGGAUUGUAAAUAUGGGGAAACUGUUUACUGCCAUACAUCUCCUUUUCUGGGCUCUCUCCAUCCUGGCCAAUUACUGCAGGCAUUUGAGAACAACCUUUUUCGUGCUCCAAUUUAUCUUCAUAAGAUGCCAGAAACUGAUUUCCUGAUCAUUCGGACAAGACAGGGUUACUAUAUUCGGGAAUUAGUGGAUAUUUUUGUGGUUGGCCAGCAGUGUCCCUUAUUUGAAGUUCCUGGGCCUAACUCCAAAAGGGCCAAUACACAUAUUCGAGACUUUCUACAGGUUUUUAUUUACCGUCUUUUCUGGAAGAGUAAAGAUCGGCCACGGAGGAUAAGAAUGGAAGAUAUAAAAAAAGCCUUUCCUUCCCAUUCAGAAAGCAGCAUCCGGAAGAGGCUAAAGCUCUGCGCUGACUUCAAACGCACAGGGAUGGACUCAAACUGGUGGGUGCUUAAGUCUGAUUUUCGUUUACCAACGGAAGAAGAGAUCAGAGCUAUGGUGUCACCAGAGCAGUGCUGUGCUUAUUAUAGCAUGAUAGCUGCAGAACAACGACUGAAGGAUGCUGGCUAUGGUGAGAAAUCCUUUUUUGCUCCAGAAGAAGAAAAUGAGGAAGAUUUCCAGAUGAAGAUUGAUGAUGAAGUUCGCACUGCUCCUUGGAACACCACAAGGGCCUUCAUUGCUGCCAUGAAGGGCAAGUGUCUCCUAGAGGUGACUGGGGUGGCCGAUCCCACAGGAUGUGGUGAAGGAUUCUCCUAUGUGAAGAUUCCAAACAAACCAACACAGCAGAAGGAUGAUAAAGAGCCGCAGCCAGUGAAGAAGACAGUGACAGGAACAGAUGCAGACCUUCGUCGCCUUUCUCUGAAAAAUGCCAAGCAACUUCUACGUAAAUUUGGUGUGCCUGAGGAAGAGAUUAAAAAAUUGUCCCGCUGGGAAGUGAUUGAUGUGGUGCGCACAAUGUCAACAGAACAGGCUCGUUCUGGAGAGGGGCCCAUGAGUAAAUUUGCACGUGGAUCAAGGUUUUCUGUGGCUGAGCAUCAAGAGCGUUACAAAGAGGAAUGUCAGCGCAUCUUUGACCUACAGAACAAGGUUCUGUCAUCAACUGAAGUCUUAUCAACUGACACAGACAGUAGCUCAGCUGAAGAUAGUGACUUUGAAGAAAUGGGAAAGAACAUUGAGAACAUGUUGCAGAACAAGAAAACCAGCUCUCAGCUAUCACGUGAACGGGAGGAGCAGGAGCGGAAGGAACUACAGCGAAUGCUACUGGCAGCAGGCUCAGCAACAUCAGGAAACAAUCACAGAGAUGAUGACACAGCUUCUGUGACUAGCCUUAACUCUUCCGCCACUGGACGCUGUCUCAAGAUUUAUCGCACAUUUCGAGAUGAAGAGGGAAAAGAGUAUGUUCGCUGUGAGACAGUCCGAAAACCAGCUGUCAUUGAUGCCUAUGUGCGUAUACGGACUACAAAAGAUGAAGAAUUCAUUCGAAAAUUUGCCCUUUUUGAUGAACAACAUCGAGAAGAGAUGCGAAAAGAACGGCGGAGGAUUCAAGAGCAGCUGAGGCGUCUUAAGCGGAACCAGGAAAAGGAGAAGCUCAAGGGUCCUCCUGAGAAGAAGCCCAAGAAAAUGAAGGAGCGUCCUGACCUAAAACUGAAAUGUGGGGCAUGUGGUGCCAUUGGACACAUGAGGACUAACAAAUUCUGCCCCCUCUAUUAUCAAACAAAUGCGCCACCUUCCAACCCUGUUGCCAUGACAGAAGAGCAGGAGGAAGAGUUGGAAAAGACAGUCAUUCAUAAUGAUAAUGAAGAACUUAUCAAGGUUGAAGGAACCAAAAUUGUCUUGGGGAAACAGCUAAUUGAGAGUGCGGAUGAGGUUCGAAGAAAAUCUCUGGUUCUCAAGUUUCCUAAACAGCAACUUCCUCCAAAGAAAAAACGGCGAGUUGGAACCACUGUUCAUUGUGACUAUUUGAAUAGACCUCAUAAGUCCAUCCAUCGGCGACGCACAGACCCUAUGGUGACGCUAUCAUCCAUCUUGGAGUCCAUCAUCAAUGACAUGAGAGAUCUUCCAAAUACAUAUCCUUUCCACACUCCAGUUAAUGCAAAGGUUGUAAAGGACUACUACAAAAUCAUCACUCGGCCAAUGGACCUGCAAACACUUCGUGAAAAUGUGCGUAAACGCCUCUACCCAUCUCGGGAAGAGUUCAGAGAGCAUCUGGAGCUAAUUGUGAAAAAUAGUGCAACCUACAAUGGGCCAAAACACUCAUUGACUCAGAUCUCUCAAUCUAUGCUGGAUCUCUGUGAUGAAAAACUCAAAGAGAAAGAAGACAAAUUAGCUCGUUUAGAGAAAGCUAUCAACCCCUUGCUGGAUGAUGAUGACCAGGUGGCAUUUUCUUUCAUUCUGGACAACAUUGUCACCCAGAAAAUGAUGGCAGUUCCAGAUUCUUGGCCAUUUCAUCACCCAGUUAAUAAGAAGUUUGUUCCAGAUUAUUACAAAGUGAUUGUCAGUCCAAUGGAUUUAGAGACCAUACGUAAGAACAUCUCCAAACACAAGUAUCAGAGUCGGGAGAGCUUUCUAGAUGAUGUAAACCUUAUUCUGGCCAACAGUGUUAAGUAUAAUGUCUCUCUGUCAGCCAGGCUGGAGCGCAGUGAUGUGAUCUUGGCUCACUGUAACCUCUGCCUCCCGGAUUCAAGCGAUUCUUGUGCCUCAGCCUCCUAUGUAACUGGGAUUACAGGGCCUGAGAGUCAAUAUACUAAGACUGCUCAGGAGAUUGUGAACGUCUGUUACCAGACAUUGACUGAGUAUGAUGAGCAUUUGACUCAACUCGAGAAGGAUAUUUGUACAGCUAAAGAAGCAGCUUUGGAGGAAGCAGAAUUAGAAAGCCUGGACCCAAUGACCCCAGGGCCCUACACACCUCAGCCUCCUGAUUUGUAUGAUACCAACACAUCCCUCAGUAUGUCUCGAGAUGCCUCUGUAUUUCAAGAUGAGAGCAAUAUGUCGGUCUUGGAUAUUCCCACUGCCACUCCAGAAAAGCAGGUAACACAGAUGCGCCAGGGCGGAGGUAGGCUGGGCGAGGAAGACUCUGAUGUAGAUAUUGAAGGGUAUGAUGAUGAGGAGGAGGAUGGGAAACCUAAGACUCCAGCCCCAGAAGGUGAAGAUGGAGAUGGUGAUCUUGCAGAUGAAGAGGAAGGAACUGUACAGCAGCCUCAAGCCAGUGUCCUGUAUGAGGAUUUGCUUAUGUCUGAAGGAGAAGAUGAUGAGGAAGAUGCUGGGAGUGAUGAAGAAGGAGACAAUCCUUUCUCUGCUAUCCAGCUGAGUGAAAGUGGAAGUGACUCUGAUGUGGGAUCUGGUGGAAUAAGACCCAAACAACCCCGCAUGCUUCAGGAAAACACAAGGAUGGGCAUGGAAAAUGAAGAAAGCAUGAUGUCCUAUGAGGGAGACGGUGGGGAGGCUUCCCAUGGUUUGGAGGAUAGCAACAUCAGUUAUGGGAGCUAUGAGGAGCCUGAUCCCAAGUCGAACACCCAAGACACAAGCUUCAGCAGCAUCGGUGGGUAUGAGGUAUCAGAGGAGGAAGAAGAUGAGGAGGAGGAAGAGCAGCGCUCUGGGCCGAGCGUACUAAGCCAGGUCCACCUGUCAGAGGACGAGGAGGACAGUGAGGAUUUCCACUCCAUUGCUGGGGAUAGUGACUUGGACUCUGAUGAAUGAGGCUUCCUUUCCUUUGGGCCUCCUUGGUCAGCCUUCCUGUUCUCCAGCCUAGGUGGUUCACCUUUCCCCAAUUUGUUCGUAUUGUACAGUAUCUGAUCCUGAAAUCAUGGGAUUAACUAACACCUUACCCUUUUUAAAAAUAGUAAGUAAAUGAUAAUGAAUCACCUCUCCUGAUCUUAUUGGGGCAAUGUCACCUGUGGUUUAAAACAAAGCAAUCCCCUUUUCCCUACCACUAUCAAAAAGAGCAAGCUAUUCUUCCGUGUCCCCCUUUAAGUCCAUUUAACCACUUUUGGUAUAAUUUUUCCCUGGGAAGGAGGGGAAAUUAUGAAAGAACUAGUAACUUUAUGUCCUCUUGAUGUAUUAGGAAAUUUCCGGCCGGGCGUGGUGGCUCACACCUGUAAUCUCAGCACUCUGGGAGGCCGAGGCGGGCGGAUCACCUGAGGUCAGAAGUUCGACACCAGCUUGGGCCAACAUGGCGAAACUUCAUCUCUACUAAAAAUAGAAAAACUAGCAAGGCAUGGUGGCUCAUGCCUGUAAUCCUAGCUACUCAGGAGGCUGAGGCGGGAGAAUUGCUUGAACCUGGGAGGCAGAGAUUGCAGUGAGUGGAGAUCACGCCACUGCACUGCAGCCUGGGCGAAAGAGUGAGACUCCAUCUCAAAAAAAAAAAACCAACUAUUUCCAAGCAUGGUAUUAUCUCACUUUUCUAAUUUACAGGCUGGAACAGAUGAGAGCCCUCUUGCUGAGACAGAGAAUUGGGUUCUAGUGGACUCUCUGCUACACUUACACUUAUGAGACAACCCACCCAUUUUAUUAUUUAUUUAAUUAUGCAAUGCCUAGUUCCUAAAUGGAUUUGAGGCAAUGACCGUAAAUUUUAAACAGCCCUUAUGUCAGAAAUGAUAAUGGUGCCAUCUAAAUGUUUCUGUCUUUCCCCCCCGCCCCCGGGGGAAAUGGUAGGAAAAUGGUAAGUUUCUUAGAGCAAAGACUCUGUCUUCUGUUUCUUUUCAUGCUUAGGAUAUGAUUCUGUGCAUUGUAGGUACUCAGUAAAUGUUCGUAGAAUCAUAAAAUCCUCAACAGAUAACAUUACUGAGCACCUGCUUUCAUGAUAAGCACUCUAUCAGAUCCUUGGGAUGCAAAGGUAAAUAAGAUAAUCCCUUUUAUUCAAAGAGCUCACCAUCGAGUUGGGGGAGGGGAAGUGGAAUUAAAAACAUGUUAAUAAAUCAUCAUAGUACUGUGAGAUAAGUGCAAUUAAGAAGCUAGCUAUAAAGUAUAGGGGAAAUAGAGGAGUAAUCAUGUCUGAAAAAUCAGGGAAGUCUUCCCUACAGGUAAUCUUUAGCUGAUUGUUGAAGAAUUAGUAGAAGCUUGCCAGAUGGAAAUGUCCAGGCAAAGUGUAAUAUGAAGUGGAAAGGCCACAGUCUAGAAAUGACAGAGUGUGUUCCUUGUUUGUUUGUUUGUUUGUUUGUACCUGCCUUGUUCCAGGAAGGAUUUAAGGUGGUUUAUAUUCCAGUCCUUUAAUGCUGGAAUGGCUAGAGAUGAGACUGAAAGAUGGGGCAGGAACCAUAUAAUCACAAGCUUUGUGUUUGAUGUUAAUGCGUAUGAUUUUAUAUUCUGGGAAAUAAGCUCUCAGAGGAGUGAUAUAAUCAGGUUUGUGUUUUAGAAAUCUGUGUAAUGAAUGAAGAAAAAUUGAAGACUUAUGUAACAGAUACAUGUGAUCCCAUUCUUGUAAAAGACAGAACCAUGUUUGUUUAUUUAUAUGUGUUUAUAUAUACUUGUAUAUGCAAAGUAAAAGUCUGAAAGGAUAUGCUAACUGUUCACAAUGAUAACCCUCCCCCCAGGAACGGGAUUGGAGGGGAGGGGGCUUCUGUGUUUGUAUGUGUGCAGGGUAGGAUAUUGUGCUUUUAUUUCUGUAUUGUUUGAAUUUUUUUACAAGUAUGUAUUAUUUUUGUAAUAAAUAUUUUUUUUAAAAUUCCA